GAGGUAGUGAGCAGUGGUGAGCAGCAACGGUUCAGUUGGUGGUUUCGAUGCGCGUCUACGUUAGUAAAAAUCCAAACGUUCAACGUAAUGGACCACUACUUUGAUACUCCGUUAAAUAUUUAAACUACUUGAUGAUUAUAAAAUUGUGUAACAAAUAUAUGUAUACUAUUAAUAAAAAUAAAGCAUCAAAUUGUUGGCGCAAGUUGGGUUUUAAAAUUUUUAAAAAUAAAAACAAGCGUGGUUUAAUAAUAGAGAGUGAAUAAUAUAUAUAAAAAUUAUACGAUAAACAUUGAGAGUAAAUUGAAAAAGUGUAUUUUUGUGUUACGAAAUUAAUAAAUUUAAAAAAAAAAAUGUUUGUUAAAUUAGUAAUAUUAUUAUCAUCAUUGACAAUAAUUGUCAAUGGUGUUGAUCAAUUUCAUGAAACAUUUCAAUGGAAAACAAUAAAUAUUGUUUGGCCAAGUGAAGAAAUACGUACUCGUGUAUAUGAACGUAAUGAAUUUAUACCAGUUAAUAAUGCAAUUGUUGGUAUUAAAAUAUGGAAAAAUAAUAUGUAUUUAACAAUACCAAGAUAUAAAGAAGGUAUACCAAUAACACUUGGUGUAGCAUCAUCAAUACCAAAUGUAACAUAUUCACCAUCAUUAAUACCAUAUCCAAGCUGGGAAAUGCAACAAAUUGGUGAUUGUAAAUCAUUGCAAUUUGUUCAAAGUAUGGAAAUUGAUCCAAAAGGUAGAAUGUGGAUAAUUGAUAGUGGUAGAACAGAAACAAUGACAACACAACCAAAAUCAAGAUGUCCACCACGUCUUGUUAUAAUUGAUAUUGAAAAUAAUGGUGAAAUAUUAAAAAAUCAUGAAUUUUCAUCAGACGUUGCAUCACCAGAUAUGUCAUUAUUAAAUGAUAUUGUAUUGGAUCAUACUGAUGGUGGUUAUGCAUAUAUUACUGAUACAAAUAAAUUAAAUCCAGGUAUUAUUGUUUAUUCAUUACGUGAUAAUAAAUCAUGGAAAAUAAGUCAUGAUUCAAUGAAAGCACAAGGUGAAGAUACUAAACUUAGAGUUGGUAAUGAACGUUUAAAUGAUGCAAUUAAUAUUGAUGGUAUUGCAUUAUCACCAGUUGAUACAGCAUCAAGAUUAGUUUAUUAUUCACCAUUUUCAUCAUUACAUCUUUAUACAGUACCAACAAGUGUAUUAAAAAAUAAUACAAAAGAUAUUAAUGAUUAUGUACGUGAUAUUGGAAGAAAAAAUUCACAAUCAGAUGGUAUGAUUAUGUCAUCAAAUGGUAUACUUUAUUAUGGCUCAUUAUCUGAUGAUGCUGUAUCUGUAUGGGAUAGUAUACGUACAUCAUUUUCAACUGGACCACAUUUUAUAUCACGUGAUCAUGAACGUAUGCAAUGGCCAGGUGCAUUUUCAAUUGAUGAAAAUGGAUUUUUAUGGUGUGUUACUAAUGGAUUACAAAAUUAUAUUAAAGAUCAAAUUGAUCAAAAUAAACCAAAUUAUAGAGUUUUAAAAAUGUCAACUGGAUAUAAAAAUUAUCAGUAUCAUGAAAAUGGCAGUGCACCAGAACAACCAGUUAUAACUGCUGGUGCUAAUAAUAAUAUUGCUAUGAUUAUUGGCACAUUUUUAUUAUUUUUUAUGACAAUUUUGUUGAAAUAAAUUAAUUUAAAUUAUUUUUUAUUUUUUAACAACACACUGAUGUACCAAUGUAAUGUAUUUUUAAAAAAUUAAUUUAAUUUAUAUCACGCCAGCGUGGGAAAAUAGGGAGAUAUAUUUUUUGUUUUUUUUUUUUUUUUACUAUGAAAAUAUAAUUUUUUUUUAAAACGAAACUGUUGAGUGAAGAUUUUUUUUUAAAUUAAAAAAGUUAUUUAUAUUUACUGGAGGAAAAAAAAAAGAAAAAAUAUAUAUUUACUAUUAUUUUUUUUUCCGGUUAAUAUUUUGAGAAUAAUAUUAUUUUUUUGAAAAUAGUCAAAUUUAAAAAUAAUCUCAUCUUGAUUGUGCCUUUGAUGACGCGGCCUUCAUACAUUAUGUCGCUUCAGAAUUUUAUAUUUUUAUUUAAAUUACAAUUUACAAAUAUUAUGACCGAGAUAAGAAAGUGAUGCUAAUUUUUUUUCAAUUUUAAUUAUUAUUAGUGUGAUAAUAGUAAUGACAACAAGUGAAAUUAUAUUUUCAUUUUAUAAAUAUAAUUUGAAAAGAGUAAAUAAAAAUAACGUCCAGUUUUAUUUGUCAUAUUCCCACAACUAUUAUUUGUGGCUGGUUGCUAACAAAGCCGAGACAUUAAAAUCUACAAUAAGUCUUGUCCUAGUUUCACAUUACCCAUCAGCAUUGAUGUUUAACGGCGUAAAAAAUAUAUUUAUCCUAACUUUGUAUAUUAUUUUAGAAAGUGAGAUCAUACAACAACAAAAUAACAACAAUAUAUUAAAUUUAAAAUAAGUCACGAAUAAUAUAUAAUUUUGCGUGUCAAAUUUUUCCUUAAUUAUAAUCAUUGAUCUAAGAUCUAAAAAUCUCCUGACCUUCAAAAAAACUCAUAAAUAAAAUAAAUAAAUAUAAAAUUUAAAUAAAAAAAAUAAGUACUUAGUUGUACUUAUAUUUUUUUUAAUUUUAAAUUUUCAAUAAUAAUAUUUAAUUAUUAUUCUUAAUCAUACUUGAAUUCUUAUCAUUUUUAAAGAAUUUUAUCUUUAAAUUUCUUUAUUAUUAUUGUAUAAAAACUUGUCACGUAGUACGAUUACAAUAGAGAUUGUCAAACAUUUAAUAAAAAAAAAUUU